GCUGGCUAGGGCGUUGCUAGCGGCAGAAAGUGGGAUUUUUUUGGUACCUUUCCGCAAGUUAUAUCCCUGUACAAAUAACACCCUGCGUUUGGAAAACUGGCGUUUGAUGUUCCCUCAAAAGUUUAAAGCGCCUCUGUGGGUAUUUUUUGUGUGUGUGGCUGUUUACAGAGGAGUGGUUGUUACUUUUUUGUCCCGUUAGCUGGCCACAUAGCAUAGCCUGCUUUUCCAUCCACGGGAAUUCAGCCGAGAAAAACGACUCAAAUCUGGAAACAUGGAGUCAAGGGACGCUACGCUGCUGUGCUAACCCCGACUUCACUGGAUUGUCUUUUACUCAAGGAGACUUUUUUUGUUGUUGAAGGGACAUAAACACGGAGACAUAUCGCCUGCAAAGCCACAGUCAGCCAGCCAACAUUCAUGCGGUGCUUGUGUUGUUGUAUAUGUAUUUUUCGGUCGUCGGCCGGCUCAUUGUUGUGAACGGGAGUUUGCUUAGUUUGCAGUCGAAACACAAGAGCACACGAAGCAAAGUUUUUUUUUUCCUCUGCUGAAAGAGCUCAUCUGUUUUUGUUAGCUGGUAGCAAGGCAAGAUUCAACGCCAGCUCAACAGGAUUUUUUUGCUAAAUGAAAAAAAAUGAAGAAGAACAACAAUGCGCUUUUUAUGAAUCGAUCAUCUUAACCCAGUGUUGUUUUUUCUGAAUCUAUCGUAUAUAUAUAACAUUUAGCUGUGUGGUUGUUGUUGUUUUUUUUGCGCUAAUUUGUAACACACGGGUCGCUUCAACUCGCUAUUGAAUCCUGCUCUUCUCAUGGUCACGGGAGAGUCGUCCACACAGCCGCAGACAGGCAUUUCUUGGAGCAGGGAAUACCAAAUGGGACUGGAGGAAAUUCCAGCAUCUUCAAAGAUCAUUUAGGCAACCGAGGCCAUUCAGCCCGAGCAAGGAGGUGCUGGCAGACGGACUAUACUACAUCGCUGGGCCAAAGGUGGGGAUACUGAUUGGGUCCUCCACACCUCCAUAUCGGCAAAAAAAAAAAAAAAAAUCUGGGAUGUGAAUGCAAAAGGAUUCAUACAUGCACAUGCACGACAACGUAUGCCAGCUGGAGCAGUAUAUUUAUUCUCGUUGCCAAAAUAUUGUGUAUAGCCAGGGGUAAGGAUAUCAUCUGACUGUUCAGCUAAUACCACCGAGGCCCCCCCUUUCGAUUCAUUUUUAAAGUCUGCACUGUAGAUUCCUUGCUGCUAUUCAGAUUUUGACAAGGAGUAUUGGUUGACAGAUAGCAUAUAGGUAGUAUUUUUCUUCCUCUGGUGUUUGGACGUGCCUUACCACACAAUCCAACAGAGUUUCCCCCUGCAGUUAAUUUAUUUCCAACAUCAUCCUCAUCUUCCUUGCCCACUUCAGACGAAUGCCAGAGAAGGACGCUCCAUUAAAUCGCCUCAUCACACUCUGGAAAAUGUUAAUCGGAUAUAAUUUGCUGCGAAUCUAGAACCGGAAGCCCAAUGAGUGACACACAGUCCAGCUUCACUGACAGGUUUCCCAAGAAAGCAAACAGAACCAGCAGCAUUCUCAGUAAAGACCACCCCCCGGACAAGAAACCCAAAAGUGACAAAACCUCACUUCCCUCCAAUGAGUUUGACCCUACAGAAGCUCUGGUGGUGCAGAAGAGUGGCAGCAGCAGUGUGCUAGCAGAGGGGAAGCCUGAGUCCUGUGGUCUGGUCCAGCGAUGUGUAAUCAUCCAGAAAGAUGAAAAUGGCUUUGGGCUCACUGUCAGCGGUGACAACCCAGUGUUUGUGCAGCUUGUCAAAGAAGAUGGGGCUGCUAUGCGGGCAGGUGUUCAGACAGGAGACAGGAUCAUCAAGGUUAACGGGACCCUUGUUACACAUUCUAAUCACAUUGAGGUGGUGAAGCUUAUCAAGUCGGGCUCCUAUGUGGCCCUCACAGUGUUGGGGCGCCCUCCAGGGCUUGCCCAGAUUCCUUUGUCUGAAGCAGAGUCUGAAAUGUUGGGCGUUAGCAUUUCUUCUCCAAACUCCCCAGCAGCAGAACGCCCCUACAGUCCUCAGGACCGCUUCUCCUCCUCACAACCACCAUGGGACGAGAAUAGCAGCAUCUGUAACCAGAGGGUUGACAUCUUGCAAAAGAUGCUCUCAAAAGAACAGCAGGAGCUGCAGGCCAUGAAGGAGGAGUACAGCAGAAACCCCUCCCCCAAACUACUGAAAGACAUCCAGGAAGCUAAGAAACACAUUCCUCAGCUGCAGGGUCAGCUCGUCAAGGCCACUGGAGCAACACAGGAGGCUGUUCCAGGUGGAGACGCAGAUGAUGGUAGCACAUUUGAGACAGAGCAAUCUUCUAAGGGAGAUAACAGUACAGACCUGUCUUGGACCAGCACUCCUAUUUCUCGUAGAUUUUGGCCUGGAUAUCCAGAGAGUUUGUGCCCAAGGGAGUCAUCCUGCCCCAGCCCAAAGAGCACACCCAGGAACAGCUUCAACUCCUGCCACUCUCCAGAGGCAGAGGACACCACUGACCUGGACUCUCUGUCUCCAACCACAGUCAGCAGUCCCUCCUCCUCUCGCCUCGUCUCACAAAUCAUUGGAGCUGAGGAUGACUAUUUUGAUUCAGACCAGGAGCAGACAAAUGGCCAGUGUAACAGCUUUAACAGCAUUGAGCAGCUCAAGUCUCGGCCCGCCCACCUCGCAGCCUUCCUGCAUCAUGUCAUCUCUCAGUUCGACCCUGCUCCUGUGCUGUGCUACCUCUAUGCUGACCUCUACAAGCAGACCAACUCCAAAGAGACCAGACGGGUGUUCAUGGACCUCCACACCUUCUUCAUUGACCGGGGAGCAAAUUUAAAAGUUGCUGUUCCUGAAUCCAUCUCUGCUGAUCUUGACCGGCGGCGGACAGAAUUCAUCCCAGAGGAAAUACACAGACAACAUGUUCAAACACUGCAGGACUCUUUACUACCUGAUAUCCUGAAGAACCUUGAGGAUUUCAGGCAGAAGCGCAGUAUGGGCCUAACAGUGGCUGAAGUGGAGUUGACCAGACUGGACCAAGAGCGAGUCAGAGACCGUGUCACACUCGAGCGUGAGCGCUCAUAUGCUGAAAAUAUCAUCACCAAGAUAGAAGAUGUCCUGGUGACUACUCAGACCACAGAGGAAGAGAAAUGCACUACAAUGCAGUAUGUUAUUUAUACAUACAUGAAGCACCUUGGUGUGAGGGUCAAGGAACCUCGCAGUCUGGAGUCCAAACGGGUCCGGAUCAACUUCCUUCCUAAGAUUAAGAAAAGCAUCAAGACAGAAAAGGAAGGAGAGGAGAAGGUGAAGAAACCCAGAUUUCCCAGUAUUCUUGGACCUCAGCGUAGGCCCAGCCGCGUUGAAGCAGCAUCAGUGGGUAAAGCUCUGGACGGUCGCCCUCGGCCUCAGAAACAGUUGUCUCAGCCUACCUUGGGGGCAAGUGAGCACAUGGAAGGUCGUCUAAGAGGCAGCCAAUCCAGCGAGGGCUCUGAGCUCAUACACUCCACAUCUGUCAACACCUCAUCCCCAAACAGCGCCACCUAUAGCUCAGACGCUAGCAGAGACGCUGAUAUAGGCGGGACUCCGACCUCAGGCCCCUCCAGACUGAGUGACGGCCUUCAGUCCGAUCCUCUGGAUGGGAUGCAGCACCCUGUUUCGCACUUAGACCUAUACAGCCUGGACCAACUGCAGGAGGAUGACCGAGAAAGUGACAGAACCCAUGAGGGAACACCAAAGACUAUAAGAAGGCUUGAGGGAUUGGGUGCCGGUGAUGUCCAGAGUGAGGACGACCAGGGAACAGACUCGGAGCAUGACCCUCCAAACUGGCAGCAGCUGGUGGGGCGAGAGGUCCUUGCAGGUCUCAGGCCUCAUGAAAUAAAGAGACAGGAAGUCAUCAAUGAGCUGUUUUACACAGAACGUGCACACGUGCGGAUGCUGAGAGUUCUGGAUCACGUUUUCUACCAGAAGCUCUCUAAAGAGGCCAUCCUGCCUCCUGCUGACAUCAAGAACAUCUUCACCAACCUGGAGGAGAUUCUACAGCUGCAUGUUUCAAUACUGGAGCAAAUGGUAGCAGUUCGGAAGAGAAAUGAGUCUUCAGUAAUUGAUCAGAUAGGAGACGACUUGCUCUCCUGGUUCAGCGGUGGAGAGGAGGAGAAGAUCAAGCAGGCAGUGGGGACGUUCUGCAGUAACCAGCCGUUUGCUCUGGAGAUCAUCAAGACCAAGCAGAAGAAAGACUCGAGGUUCACAUCCUUCAUCCAGGAAGCAGAAAGUAACAGACAGUGUCGCCGACUGCAGCUUAAGGACAUCAUUCCUGUAGAGAUGCUGAGGCUCACCAAAUAUCCCCUGCUACUAGACAACAUCUCCAAGUACACAGAUAACACCGUGGAGAAAGACAAAGUGAAGCAAGCUGCGGACUGUUGUCGAAAGGUCCUCAAUCACGUCAACCAGGCUGUGAAGGAAUCAGAGGACAAGCAGAGGUUGGAGGACUACCAGAGAAGAUUAGACCUCUCCUCUCUAAAGCAGACAGACAACCCCAUGAUCCUGGAGCUUAAGAACCUGGAUCUAACCAAGAGAACUAUGGUGCAUGAAGGACCACUGUCAUGGAAAGUGAACAAGGACAAGACAAUUGAGUUGUACACUCUCCUCCUGGAAGACAUCCUAGUUCUGUUACAAAAACAAGAUGAACGUCUGAUCCUGAAGUGUCACAGCAAAAACCUGGCUGGCACCGCAGACACCAAACAUAUCUUCAGCCCCAUCAUCAAACUCAACACUGUGCUGGUUCGCUCUGUGGCCACAGACAACAAGUCCUUCUUCGUUCUUUCUAUGUCAGACAACGGAGCUCAAAUCUAUGAGCUGAUGGCACCCACAGUCUCAGAUCAGAGAACGUGGCAGCGUCUAAUCACCCAGAGAGCUGAUGCCAUGAAAGUCAAACCUCACAGCGUCAUACCAUUACCUCAGACUGAUGGGGAGAGAGAUGGUGUGGAGAUAAUCACAGCAGGUGUUUCCAGGCUCAGUAGAGACGCUGACCAAACAUCCACUGGCAGCACCCAGUCCACAGAUAAAGAGAGCAGCCCAGCUGCGAGAAGUGUGGUGCAGAGCUCUCUACCAGGUAAUAAUCCAUUUGAGGGCGUGAAGGCGGAGGAGGAGGAGGAAGGUUUUGUGGACCCAGAACUUCCAUACCAAGUGGCUGAGGAUGGUAGGGGAGACUCGUUUAACAUGUAUCCCUCCAGAGCAGAUGAAGCACUGAAAACAUUGGCAGCAUUAAAACAGGUGUUGGUGACCCAGCUGAUGUCACAGGAGGCUGGAGAGCGAAGUAAACGCUCUACGGGGGCCCGUCUCCUCAGGACCACCUCUCUGAGGACUCCCGUAGACAACCGUGCACGGGUGAUGGUCCACAACGGCUCAGAGAGGAACAGCUCCCAGACAGAGGACCUGGCUCAGGACUUGGGCUCUGGGGAUACCGGAUUCUUUGACUCUCCUGAAGAUUAUGCAGGAUAUUUAGUCCUGGAAGGUUACGGUGGACCAGGAGAGAGCAGCACAGAUGAUGACAUCUUGGCAUCAACCACAGGGAAGCAGCUGAGCGCCUCUCAGGGCUGCGCUGCCGACUCUGGCAUCAAUUUGAGGUUUUCUUCAACGUCACAUGCCGGCAGCCUCUCCUCUUUUAGCAGACAAGUGCUGUCUCAUCUUAGAAACCUUCAGGCCAACCUCAACUAUCUGAAGGAGGUUGAAGCCAAGUACAAUAAUCUAAUACGCCAAAGGCCAGAGAGGUCAGCCGCAGACACGGAUGGAAACAAAGAUAAGAGAUAGUGGAAGUCCACGCCGCAGCUUUUGGCUCUGGUCCCAAAGAGGAAGUACCGACUAGUAGUCUGUUCCUACUUCUUGUGUCCUGGACUUUCUGGACGUCCUAUAAGCUUGUCCUCUCAAUGCUGAGCCCCUUUUCCAUCGCAGUCGCCCACGGUUGCCACAGAGAAUGAGAGACUGAGUGUGAGCAGAAACAUUUGAAGGGUGGAGUCAUCUUUGUGAUGCCGCAACCCCCCAUCCUCCAUCAGCACAAGGCAAUCAGGGAAGUGGGAUUGCCCCAAAACCUCACCCCUCUACCAUCUAACACCCAUUUUCCCCUGAACUCCCUGCAAGAAAGAGAACUUAUACCAAAAUGUACAAAGAUAUGUCAGCAGUAUAUAUAUAUAUAUA